AUGAUUAAACGCAUCGCCUGGAACACCUGGUACGGUGAUGAUGCGCUCACUUCAACCAGCGAGUCCGAGGACUCCGAGACGACGGUGUCUACUGGAGAUCGACCCGACUCGUUGGCGAGCGAGUCCGAUCCAGAGGAGGAGGACGUCGCCGAAGACCAACUCGCCCGUCUGUCCCGAAUGCAAGCCAGCCGUUACCAGGUUGCACCUAGAGAUGCGGCUACGCUAGACGCUGUCAUGGACUCGAGUACCAAACCUUCGUACGACCCAGCGAAUGACGUGUUGAGCGACUCGGGCGAGGCGAGCGAUGCUCCGCAGUGCCGUGCAGACGAUCGACGCCAACAGCACGACCCUGAGACACAGCUCACAGUCAAAACUGCUCGCAUCGUGAAGUUGCACUCAACCAGUCGAGCGACUUGUAGUGAUGCGCAGUCCGACGGCGAUCAUAGCGUGCUACCCCCAGCCAUCGAGAAGCGCUCGCGGGAUACCUUUCAGUGUCAGAUCUGCCGGCAAGUCGUCCUGCUGAAUGCACGGGAUAUGUGGGAUCAUGCACGCUCCAAACGUCAUCUUCGAAGACUGCACCGCCUUCAGGAGACAAAUCAGGACGCCGUAUGA